AUGGGUGUCGAUCUCAAGGGCCUCUUCAAGCCCAAGGCUGAGCAGCAAGAGCACUCCCAGGCCACCACGCCUUCAAGAUCCGACUCGACUGCGGAGAAGGACAAUGGCAUCAUCGACGACAGCCCCGUCAAGUACCUGACAUGGCGAUCAUUCAUCCUGGGUGUCGUCGUGUCGAUGGGUGGUUUCAUCUUCGGUUACUCUACUGGUCAAAUCUCCGGUUUCACCACUAUGGAAGACUUCAAGAUGCGUUUCGCUGAACGCCAGUCUAACGGCGAAUACACCUUCAGCAACGUCCGCAACGGUCUGAUCGUCGGUCUGCUCUGUAUCGGAACCAUGAUCGGCGCCCUCGUCGCUGCUCCCAUUGCAGACCGCAUUGGCCGCAAGUUCUCUCUGUCCUUCUGGUCCAUCAUCCACAUGGUCGGCAUCAUCAUCCAGAUCGCCACCGACUCCAACUGGGUCCAGAUCGCCAUGGGCCGUUGGGUCGCCGGUCUCGGUGUCGGUGCCCUUUCCAGCGUCGUCCCCAUGUACCAGUCCGAAGCUGCCCCCCGCCAGGUCCGUGGUGCCAUGGUCUCGGCUUUCCAGCUGUUCGUCGCCUUCGGCAUCUUCAUCUCCUACAUCAUCAACUACGGCACUGAGUCCAUCAAGUCCACUGCCUCGUGGCGAAUCGUCAUGGGCAUCGGCUUCGCCUGGCCUCUGAUUCUCGGUCUCGGUGCUCUUUUCCUUCCCGAGUCCCCCCGUUACGCAUACCGUCUCGGCCGCGUCGACGAGGCCCGCAAUGUCAUGGCCAAGCUGUACGGCGUUGAGCCCAACCACCGCGUUGUCGUCCAGGAAAUGAAGGACAUGAAGGACAAGCUUGAGGAGGAGCGCGCCGCCGGCGUUGCUCCCUGGCACGAGGUCAUUACUGGCCCCCGCAUGCUCUACCGUACUUGCCUCGGUAUUGCUCUGCAGUCCCUGCAGCAGCUGUCCGGCGCCAACUUCAUCUUCUACUACGGAAACUCUAUCUUCACCUCCACCGGUCUCAACAACUCUUACGUCACCCAGAUCAUUCUCGGCGCCGUCAACUUCGGCAUGACCCUGCCCGGUCUCUAUAUCGUCGAGCACUUCGGUCGUCGCGCUAGUCUGAUGGUCGGCGGUGCCUGGAUGGCCAUCUGCUUCUACAUCUGGGCAUCGGUCGGCCACUUCGCCCUCGACCAGGCCAACCCUCAGAACACCCCCAAAGCCGGCAGCGCCAUGAUCGUCUUCACCUGCUUCUUCAUCGCCGGCUUCGCCACAACCUGGGGCCCCAUCGUCUGGUCCAUCUGCUCGGAGAUGUACCCCAACCGCAGCCGCGCCACCAGCAUCGGCAUCGCCACCUGCGCCAACUGGACCUGGAACUUCCUGAUCUCCUUCUUCACCCCCUUCAUCUCCUCCUCCAUCGACUUCGCCUACGGCUACGUCUUUGCCUCGUGCUGCGUCGUCGGCGUCCUCGUCGUCUUCUUCUUCGUCAACGAGACCCAGGGCCGCACCCUCGAGGAGGUCGACACCAUGUACGUCCUCCACGUCAUCCCCUGGAAGUCCGCUUCCUGGGUCCCCGACGAGAGCAUCGUCCGUGACCUCCACCCUGGCUCCGACGUCAACAAGACCGAAGGCCAUGGGCAGGCCGAGCACGGCGAGGAGAGCAGGCCUGAGCCUCUUGAGAUUCGGGAGUAG